UCUCUCUUCUUCCUAACUUAUUCAAACCAAUACAUCUUCCCAAAACCCAACUACUACAUCUCGUGGCAAGAAAAAUAUAUAAUUCUUGUUUUGUUUCCUCAGCUUCUUUGAUCAUAUAUUCAUCUGGGUUCUCAUCAAACUUCACAACCUCUUCAUUACUUUUUCCGGAGGAUUAAUGGAUGAAGAGAUCGAGAUCCCACCGUUCUUUCUUUGCCCCAUCUCUCUAGAGAUCAUGAAAGAUCCAGUAAUAGUCUCUACGGGAAUAACCUACGACAGAGACAGCAUCGAGAAAUGGCUCUUUUCAGGAAAGAAGAACUCGUGUCCAGUCACAAAACAAGACAUAACCGACGCAGAUCUCACGCCGAACCACACUCUUCGCCGUCUCAUCCAAUCUUGGUGCACUUUAAACGCCUCUUACGGUGUAGAGAGGAUCCCUACCCCGAGAUCUCCUAUAUGUAAAUCUGAGAUCGAAAAACUCAUCAAAGAUUCAGCCUCUUCGCAUAAAAACCAGGUCAUGUGUCUCAAACGACUUCGUCAAAUCGUGUCGGAGAACGCCACCAACAAACGGUGUUUGGAGGUGGCAGGAGUUCCAGAGUUCUUGGCCACCAUCAUAAGCAACAACGGGUUUGACUCUUCGAUGAGCUUGAGCGACGAAGCCCUCAGCUUACUCUACCAUCUUGAGUCUUCAGAGACGGUCCUCAAGAAUCUUUUGAACAACAAGAAAGGUGGCAAUAUCGUAAAGUCAUUGACCAAGAUCAUGCAGAGAGGGAUCUACGAGUCAAGAGCCUAUGCGACUUUGCUUCUAAAGAACAUUCUUGAAGUAGCGGAUCCAAUGCAGAUUAUGACCUUGAAGCCAUCGGUUUUCACCGAGGUUGUCCAGAUCUUGGACGACAGAAUCUCACACAAGGCGACAAAAGCCGCGAUGCAUAUAUUGGUGACCACGUGUCCCUGGGGAAGAAACAGACACAAGGCCGUGGAAGCUGGAGUGAUCUCGGUGAUAAUCGAGCUUCUGCUGGACGAGAGCUUCUCAUCAGAUAGGAGAGGUCCAGAGAUGGCGAUGGUGGUUCUUGAUAUGUUGUGUCAGUGUGCGGAGGGACGAGCCGAGUUCUUAAAUCAUGGAGCAGCCAUAGCAGUGGUGUGCAAGAAGAUACUUAGGGUUUCUCAGACGGCUAGCGAUAGAGCUGUUAGGGUUUUGUUAUCGGUGGGAAGGUUCUGCGCUACACCGGCUUUGCUGCAAGAGAUGUUACAGUUGGGGGUUGUAGAAAAGAUGUUUUUGGUGCUCCAGGUUAGCUGUGGAAGCAAGACUAAAGAGAAGGCAAAGGAGUUGCUUAAGUUACACGCUAGAGUUUGGAAAGACUCGCCUUGUCUCCCAAGAAACAUGAUUCUUGCAUAUCCCUCGUGAUGAAAACCAAGAGAACAACGUAAGGUUAUGCAAGCGAGUCUGAUACUCAAUGAGUGCAGACGCUUAUAUGAGCGUUAUUCUUCGUAUUUUUGUUGAAAAGACUAGUGGUUGAUUCGGCAAAAUGGAUUUUUAAUUCCUCAAGUAUUUGUAAUCAACACUUUUAUAUAUCCAACUACUACUUGUGCAUA